ACACCGAUAUCGCUUUGCGCCGUAUAAAACACGUAAGGUGACUCAGUAGCGCUUAUUUUGUUCUCAACUUUUGCGAGAGAGCCAUCUAGUGACAAGCGUGUCAAACUCACGCAAGUGGUUAGUGUAACUGUGAAGUGUUUUGGUAAUCCUCGUUUUUAAAAAUGCCUGGGCGUCCUAUUUGGCAGUGUGCUGGCAAGCGUGAACCCGAAAAGGAGCAAGAAGCACAGAGAUGGAUUGAAGCUGUUAUCGGGGAGAAGUUUCCGGCAGACCUUCCUUAUGAGCUAGCCCUUAGAAAUGGAAUCAUCCUUUGCAAGUUAAUGAACAGGCUACAACCGGGCAUUAUCCCCAAGGUGAACGUUUCCGGUGGAGAUUAUAAAUUUAUGGAUAAUAUAAGCCAGUUCCAAAACGCUUGCAUUAAAUACGGAGUUCCUGAUGUGGAUCUAUUUCAAUCAACCGAUUUGUGGGACCAGAAAAACAUUGCUCUCGUCACGCAGACAAUCUUUGCUCUUGGCAGGACGACCUACAAACAUCCAGAAUGGCGCGGUCCCUGUCUUGGUCCGAAACCAGCUGAAGAAAACCGACGUGAAUUCAGCGAAGAUGUUCUUCGCGCCGGAGAGGCGGUAAUUGGUCUUCAAGCUGGCACAAACAAAUUGGCAUCACAAUCGGGACAAAACUUUGGCGCUUCACGCAAAAUCAUUCUCGGCAAGUGAAGUACUAGGAUACUAGAAAUUUGAAGAACAUUAUACGUAUAUAACUUUAGAUCUUAAAUAAUAACUGUCAUAUUUUUAUUUCAUAAAUACUUUUAUAUUUUUAUUUAAGCUAUAAAAAUACCAAAGAUGAUUAACGUUUAUUUAUGUAAGUAAGUAAAAUUAAAUUAAAGUUCUUUAAGUUAUGUGACCGAAUAAACAAACCAAAAAUGUAGUAUUAAAUCUUCAAUAUCUUACAUACUUACACUUUAAAAAAAAAAACAAUAAAUAGAAAUUUGGAACGAGACAAAAUAGUUAUUAAUUAAAUAUAUAUAUUUGCUGUUUUAUGUAAAAUAUAACUA